CCAUAGGGCUGGGUAUCGAAUUUCGAUCCGGUUAUGGCACCGACCGAAAUGCUCCGAUCCUAUCGAAUAUCAAAACAUUAAUAGUUUUCCGGUGCCGUAUUUCGAUACUCAAUGAAAUUAAUCCCAGCCUGUCUGCCAAUAGUAAUAUCGUUUUCAACUGUUUCUGGGUAAAUGCUACGUCUGUGAGCCAAUAAUCAUGUGGUAUUAGUGGUUACGAAUCUUAAGUCGCUGGUGAUUGGCUGUCACAUUUUCGGAGCGCGAGACACGUUUGUCUACUUGACCGUCACUAUAUCAAACUUUGUCAGCUGUAACGUCACUCUUGACGUUGUCAUAAUGCCUAAAAGGUCCAAAGUGUGGCUCCACUUCGCUCAGGUGGACACCAAUAGAGCCAGAUGCUCUAUUUGCCAAAAAGUCGUGCUGGCGAAAGACGGCAACACAUCAAAUCUUGCGAAACAUUUAAUAAUGCACAAGAUUAACCUCCGGUCGGACAGCUGCUCCGUGUUUGACUGUAAAGCUAAGAAAGCUAAGAAGGACGACGGGACUUCAGUCACCAGACCGCCUCCUUCUUCCACAUCGAAUUCUCUAUCGGCUAGUGACCGGGAUUCAGCUGGGAGUUUGGCCAACAACAUUACAGCCUCUGCCCCGCCUCUUACCAUACCUGAGGUAAGGAAGACAUUGCCAGGUAUUGCUAGUGUCAAUCCCUUCACGCUGGCAGAAAGGGGGAAAAUGACGAAGGAUCAGCGAGAGGAGUGCCAUAGGGUAGUCACCAAGUUCAUUGUUAAAGGUUUGCUGCCCUUUUCAACAGUGGAUACCCCAUGGUGGAGGGAGAUGAUAGCAGCCCUGAACCCUAAAUAUCAGUCCCCCACCAGAGACAUGGUAUCGAAUACUUUCGUGCCUGCAUGGUAUGCUGUGGAGAAGGAGAAUGUGAAGAGGGAGUUGGAGGCUGUCAGGGAUGUGGCUGUGACUGCUGAUGGAUGGACCAGUGUUGCGCAAGAUCACUACCUCACUGUUUCUGUCCACUAUAUAAUAGAGGGGGCCAUGAAGGAGAAAAUACUGCACACGCAGGCAGUGUAUGUAUCACAGACAGGGGUAGCAAUAGCAGAAGAGAUAGGGGACAUUUUGGAAGAAUUUGGGGUAAAGGAGAAAGUUGUGGCCAUCACUGUGGAUAAUGCUGCAAACAUGGAUGUGGCAGUGAGAAGGAUGAGUGUGAGAAAAAUUGGCUGCUUUGCCCACACACUUAACAUCGCCGCCCAAAAGAUAUACACCAUACCCUCAGUUGCAAGGUGGGCAGGAAGAGUCAGAGCCUUGUUGGUGUGGUUGAAAAGGUGUACCCUGUCUAAACCUGUUUUGAAGGAGAAGCAGAAAAUACUCGGCCUGCCAGAGCACUCAGUCAUUCUGGACGUUAAGACCAGAUGGAACAGCCUAUAUUUAAUGAUGGAGCGUUUUCUGGAAAUGUUCCCUGCCAUCCAGGCAGCCUGCAUGGACCCUCGCCUGAAGAAGUCCAUGGAGAAGGAGAGACUUGACAGAAUUUCAGGUGACGACUUCAGGAAAGCAGAGGAGUUCGUAAAAUUGAUGAAAAUCAUGUACCAGUCAACUGUUUGCAUCUCUUCCGGAAACAACGCCACACUAGGUCAAAUUAUUCCAAUCAUAAAAAAACUUCAAGAUCACUUCAGGGUCACAGCAGACGACUCUUUCUUCUCUAAUGCCAUAAAGGAAAAAGUCUGGGAUGACCUUUCCAAAAGAUACCAAGGUGAGGGCAUUCAGGAGUUUUUGGAGGAGGGCACGGCUCUGGACCCUAGGUUCAAGGGAAAGGUAGAGGAUGCUGUGUGGUACAGACUGGAGGAGGAGUUAAUCGAUCGAGCCUCACACCAGAACAGAGGUGAAACUGCCCAGGCCCACCAGCAGGUGGACGAUGGGGACAGCUCAUGCGAUGAAGCCAGUUCAGCUGCAACAGAGAAACUGACAAAGCUGUCUGCGCUGGAGGAGUUGUUCAUGGAUGAGGACAUAGAGGUGGGAGAGCGGAAUUACCCAAUUGCGAGCCAAAGGGAUAAGGUGAAAGAAGAAAUCCGCCACUACAGAGGUUUGCCAUCAACUUUGUCAACUGUUGAUCCAGUGACCUGGUGGUGGGACAUGAGGGGCACCCUACCAGCACUAUCAAGCUUGGCUGCAAGGUACCUCUGUGUUCAGGCGUCAGCGACACCAUCAGAGCGCACCUUUUCAACAGCUGGCGACACAAUCAGCCAGGAGCGGGCCUGUCUGUUGCCAGACAAGGCAGACAUGCUGAUCUUUCUAAAAAAAAACUGUUGAGUGACUGUUGUCAUGCAAUUUGGACUCUUUGGACAUUUGUUUGCAUCAGUUUUUCUCUUUGUUAUUAUUAUUGCAUUGUUAUUUAUUCAUUCCUUAUUAUAACUGAGUGCCCUCGACUAGGCCCCCAUGCCUAGAUCUCUGUGUAUUUAUGUAUGUGUGUAUUUAUGCAUGUGCUCUCUCUCUCUCUCUCUCUCGCUCUCUCGCUCUCUCUCAGUUCUGAAAAAUAAAUUCUAUAAUUCCUAAUUUGUUUUUGUUGUGGAAAUUGAUUUUUAAAACAUCAGGUAUCGAAAAAAGUAUCGUAUCGAACCGGUAUCGAAACCAAGGUAUCGAAAUUAGCACCGUAUCGAAAUAUUUUGAACGAUACCCA